GCCACGUGAUGAAUCAUACUUCCUCUAAGAGUUAGGCCUCAACUAUUUGUGUCUCUUCAUUUACAUUUUGCACAUACGGGGAUGGCGAGUACGAGAAUCACAAACCUUCAGAAUGCUAUUAAACAAGUGCCACUUAUUCAGACUCCUCAGCAGGGCGCUGGAGCACAGGGAGCGGUUCAGAUGAGGAUAAAAAGCUCCCAGGGCUCCGCAGAUCGUCUGAGCCAGUCCAAGUCCAUGGUCCUGCAGGACUCGGACCUUCCUCAGAAACCUCUAUCUCGACAUCGCAGGAAUCAAUCUCAGCACGGUGUGGUUCUUUCAGUUGCAACAGCUUUUGAACCACUGGUGGACCUGAAAGGUGAACACCUGAACGUCGCUAAGAUCUCAGACAACGGUAAGAAGCAGAGGAAGAACUGGACUUCGAUGUGGACAGUGCUGACCACGGAUGAACUGCUGCUGUAUAAAGACAAACAGGAAACCGGUGUGAAACCAGGAAGUAAAACUGAUGUGGUUCAGCUUUGUGGGGCCGUCAUUGAGUGGGCAGCGGAGAAGUCCAGCAAGAAAAAUGUCUUCCAGAUCACAACUAACACAGGAAGUGAAUACCUCAUCCAGACUGACAGUUUCCCCACUGCCAGCAAAUGGCACGAAGCCAUCAGAAAAACUGUCGACUCAUCAACGAGAGAGGGCAAAGGUUUUGCUCUGCGGAGGUCCAACAGCUCAGAUUUACUGUCCAGGCACAGCUCCUUACCUGGACAUGGAUCCGUCUCACCCAACAUGAAGCAAAGAAAUCCAGUUCACAGACGCUCCAUCAACGUGUUUGGCAGCUCGAAGCUGAAACACAGCGCCUCAGACAGUGCAGACAAGAAUGGAGUGAAAAACAGACUGAAGAAGUUCAUCAUCAGACGUCCGUCCAUGAAAACACUGCAGGAGAAAGGCCUCAUCAAAGACCGAGUAUUUGGUUGCCACCUGCUGACGCUCUGCGAUCGUGAAGGAACCACAGUUCCUAAAUUUGUAAGGAUUUGUUUAGAAGCUGUUGAGAAACGAGGUCUAGACGCAGACGGGAUCUACAGGGUCAGUGGAAAUCUGGCCACAAUCCAGAAACUUCGCUUCAUUGUUGACCAAGAGGAAGAGCUGGACCUGGAUCACAACCAGUGGGAGGACAUCCACGUCAUCACAGGAGCUCUAAAGAUGUUUUUCCGUGAGCUGCCAGAGCCGCUGUUCCCCUUCAGGUUCUUCCAGCAGUUUGUGGAGGCAGUCAAGAUUAAAGAAAACAAACAGAAAACUCAGGCUGUGAAGAAACUGAUCCAGCAGCUGCCGAAGCCCAACCAUGACACCAUGAAGCUGCUUUUCAGCCACCUGCAAAAAGUUCUGGCAUUUUCAAGGAAGAAUCUGAUGUCCACUCAGGGUAUCGGUAUUGUGUUUGGACCGACACUGAUGUGGCCUGAGCUGGAUGCAGGAAACAUGGCGGUCAACAUGGUUUACCAGAACCAGAUCGUGGAGUUCAUCCUAAUCGAGAGCCGAGAGAUCUUUGACCUGGACAGGAUGUGAGACGGGCAGGAAGUCAGAUGAGACUGAUGGACUCAGAUUCACUCAUCAUCAGAAAAUCAUUCAACUGAUGCAGUGUUUGGGUACCUGGAGUGUAUAAAGGAUUAAAUGUAUUACAUCGUUGGAUCAAAAUUCAUCUAAUAGUUUGUUUUUAAAACACAAACUGCUGAAAUUGAUCAAAUAAAUCUGUAAAUAUUCAAAUAUUUUAACAUUACAUAAUAAAUGUGACUGCUGCUUA